AUGGAGGGCAGCGGAAAGCAGUCACGUUUGCUCGGUCGGUUGCUCGGCAAACUGCGGGGCGAGCAUCGUCUCACACUAGACAAGAACUUCUCAUUCUGUUCUACUGGCAUGAGUGAGACAGUAUGCUGUGGCAGCGGAACAGAAGAGGAAGACACUGAGAAAAGUAACAGCAGCGCACACACCUCUACCUCCAAUUCUGCCUUUGAUGAUGCGCAGUUUGCUGCCAACCUCGACUUGAGAUAUGGCGGACAGUACUUGACACCAGAACAACUUCCAGAGUUCUGCAAUCAGCUCCAGCAUCUUGUCGGGGUCAUAAGAAACAUACAGUCAUACGCUAAAGUCACAGGAGAAUAUCCCAAAGAAUUGGAGCGACGUUUGGCCAGAGAAGCAGCUGAAGUAGCUGCGUUAGCGGGUGAAGCAAAGAGCGCUUGCGAUGCUGCUGCGCGGGCGACUGUGCAACGUCAAGCUCUGCGCGUCGAGCGUGGACUUCUUGCUGCGCAGCUUGCCAAAAUGAGAGAUAUCGAGGUGCGUGAACUGGAAAGUACGGUUCGUUUAUCCGAUCGCAAAUUGUUUAAAAGCUACGAGGCUGUUAAGGACACAUUCGAUCUUAGCGCCUUUGAACCGCUUUUGGAAGAAAUUCGGAAUAAACAAGCCGCACUGGAAGGAUUGGAGCGGCUCAUCGAAAACAGACGUAACUCCAUAUCUAGAAAGCCGACACACGCUUUGCCUCUCCCGCCACACAACAAUGAAGAUGGUACUAUUUCUUCAAAUCGCAAGAGACACGAUACGAGGCGUUCGAACAAGCGGAGGCGCAAGGAGACGGUGAGAGAGCCCCGGUCUGCGCCCCUCUCUGGCGAACCAAGUACUCAUGAGCCUCAGCAGGUGACGCUGUACAUCCAGGGAUCAGGAAUUUCAGGGUCAAGUGGGUCGAGAGUCCGCGCAAGCAGCGCAGCUGGAGUCACUCUCGGAUCUCUUGAACUUCCACCGAGAGGAAGUGUUAGGGAUAUUCUAUUCUUUACCGCUAAUUGA